UGCAUUUAUUUGCAGUGUUUUUUUGCAGACCGUAGCUAACAAGGGAAGUUAUUCAUUAGCUGCAGUUUGUAUUACAUCGAUCUGUAGAACUUGGAUUAAGUCGGUAUUUAGUGGUGUAUGCGAUUACCGCGUCUAUUUCAGGAUGUCUUUUAGAUUUAGAAGAAAGGAAAAGAUGAACUUUAAACACAUAGCUCAUGGCUUGGUCCCUGCUGCUACCAUAGCUCCUAGAUGUGCUGUCCCUCGCACCCCUCCCCCUCGUAGCCCUAAUCCUUCUCCAGAAAGACCCAGGUCUGCUUUGGCUGCAGCCAUUUUAGUGUCAUCAUUAACUGGACGUGUAGUUGCUAUCCCUCAGCCUCGUCCAAGAUCGUAUUCUGAAGGUGAUAGUAUCAGUCUGGAUCAAGAUAGCAUUGUAGAGCCUUACGCAACAGCAGAUGGACUUGGAUUGAGUGUUCUUGGAAGGCCACGUAUGCCAUCACCAGCAGUAUCUGAUGAUGACCUUGAUGAUGAUUAUAUGGAGGAGGAAGAGAUGGCCGUCACAGAGAAGGAACCCUUCUAUCAUAUUUUGGAGAAAGAAAAGGACAUUCAUAGAUAUGAAAGUGAUGAUUAUGCUAUUCCUCAAAAGGAGAAAACGGCUGUAAAUCCAAGCUUGAAUCAAUAUGAAACAGGCAGCCACUUGCAGGAGGAAAGCCAGGUAAUUAUGUCCGGUGAAUUGACUGACGGUUCAGAAAAUCUAAAAUCUCAAACUGAGAGAGAAAAAUCACCUGUUCCAGAUUCAGAGAUAGAGGAGCAAGGUGCUGAACUACAGCCUCAACGUGAAAGUCUGUCACAUCUCCCAUCUCAAGAUUUAACUGAUAACAUGAAUGCAGAAGAACUUUCAUCAUUGUCUACCAGGAAUCAGAGUUCAUCAAAGAAGAAAAAGCAAGCUGAGCAAGAGAAAUCAGAUUCAACUGAUUACAUGAAUGUAGUAAUAUCAACAUUGUCUACCAGGAAUCAGAGUUCAGCAAAGAAGAAAAAUCAAGCCGAGCAAGAGAAAUCAGGAAAAUCAUACCACGAAGUAACUGAUAUACGUAAAGAAAUGAUGCAAAAUCUAAAAAUCACAAAUCGGAAUCUGGUAGCUGAAAAACAAGUUCUAAUACAGCAGCUGCAGGAGCAUGUUGCCCAGCUGCAGAAAAUGCAACAAAAGCAAAAGAAGCUAGAAAAUGAAAACAAGAGGAUAAAAGAAGCUGUGCAGAAUCUUACCAGUCAAGACAAUAGUGGAGAAUUACAGUCACUUAGACAACAGGCCCAAGAGUUGGUGGAUGAAAAUGAUAGUUUGAAAAUGACAGUCCAUAGGUUGAAUGUAGAACUGAGUCGUUAUCAGACGAAGUACAGACCCCUGUCAAAGGAAGAGAGUUCACAAAUUGCUGGUUUACCAUCCUCUGGUCCACCACCACCUUGGCUGUUGGAUAUGAAGUAUCUGUCUCCACUAUUAUUGUCUUAUGAAGACAGGAUGAGAGAAAAGGAUAUUACACUUGCUACCUAUGAGGAAGAGAUGAAGAAUUUCAGUUUACGUGUUGAAGAAGUGCUGAAAGAAAAUGAGCAACUUCACCAACAGCUAGAAAAAAGUGGGCCUAUCACCAACAAGGCAUGGCGACAGCUGCAAGAUCAGGCUAAACUUGUCUUGGAAGAAAACCAAGUAUUGAUGGAACAGAUUGAGGUACAGCAAGCCAAAGCAAAAGACAGUCAUAAUCAUCAUGUUCAGGAGGUUUCCAAGUUAGCCAAACAGCUGAUGAUUUUGGAAGAAGAGAAGACGAAUCUGAAAAAUAUAUCAUCAGAGCAGGAAAAGGAGAUAGAAGCCUUACACUGCAAAUAUGAACAACUGAGAGCUGACCAGGAUAAGCAAAUGCCAGUUGCUGAACAUACCAGAAUAAUGGAGGAAAUGAAAAGACUUUUACAACAGGAGCAAGAUAACCAUCAAGCAGAGGUGGAAGAACUCCUAAGAAAGAUUGCUUCACUUCAGGCUGAGAAAAAAAGCCUGCUUUUAGAGAAGACUAACCUUGCAGCUGAUAAUAAGUCUCUUGAAACUGAGCUAGAGAUGGAAAGAAAAAUAAGCAGAAAGUCUCAGAAGAAGAUUGGCAUUCUAAAACAGCAAGUAGAGGAUGCUAUGGACAAAGAAAUAGCAGCUCAUCAGUAUCUGGCAAACAUGAUUAGUCUAGCAGAAAAGACUGUUCAGGAGCGUGAUCAGCUUAUACAUAUGGCCAAAAGCUUGGAAUGUGAGAAGCAGGGAGUAUUUACCAAGGCAAUAGAAGGCAAUGUACGCUUAGGUCAGCUAAUGGAAAAAGUCAAGUUGUACAAGAAACAAGCCUCUGUCAAGCUUGGAGACCUAAGCUUUAAAAUGAAAGAACAAGAGGAAGACUUUGCUGGGAAGAUUGCUCAGCACCAUCGAGAAAUCAGACAUCUCCAACGGCUGUUGCAAGAUAAGCAGGAAACCCUUGAUGAAGCACUGCAGCAGAAAAGACAAGUUGAAGGAGAGCUGAAUAUUCUUUGUGAAUCUGCUUCAAGAGAAACUAAGAGAAUAAAAGAGUUUUUAUAUGAGUCUCUGCAGAGUAAGGAUAGUUGGAAUCACCUUGAUUAUGGAAUUUCUGCAGAAGACAUCCCACGAAGAGACACCAGUUUGAAAUCUGAAUUAAAGUAUUCUGAUCUGAUAUACUUAUCACCCCAAAGAGGUAAACAUUGUAAAAAGACUCCACCUGCUGCUGCUCAUUCUAAAGAUGUAGUAGAUAAUAAAAGUAAAAAUGCAAUUAAGAAUGUAAUCCAGCAAAAAAAAUAUAAAGAAGGGAUCCUGAAGAGUCCGAUGUUUGAAUAUGACUCAGAUCAGCAGCAAAAUACAUCAUCAGAUGAGAGUGAAAAAAAUGUAAAUGGUCUUGAUUUUUAUUCAUGAAAAUUAUCAGUCAUAUCUGUUCUCUACACACGACGCUUUUUUUACAGCUGGGUUUGUAUUGCUAGCAAACUUAAGUAUCAGAAUUUAUGUGAUGAAUUUGAAAACUGUGCACAAAUAUAUGUUUCCCCAAAUUGCUAUACAACAUGAAUAAUGAUGUUUGCCAAGUACACUGUCUGCUAUAGACGUCUAAAGUCAGCACAUUCAUUUGUAAGUGUAUUAUGUGUUGCACUUGGAUGUAAAAUAAAUAUCUGAGUAAACACGG